GUUUAGUUGACAGCGACGACCACUGGCCUGGUGAAGUUGGUCUUCAGGUACAGGUAACGCAACAGGGUUUGAAUGAGUUGUCGCCUUCGCAACGGACGACAAUGAUGACUUCAAACGCUACCCCCCAGGACGAACCGGUCGCAACUGCGAUUCUGGAUGAUCCGCGGGACAGCAACUCCAACAUCGACGACGAACUCACCGCUGUCGCGCGAUCCGACGAUGCUACUGGCAAUGCGCAACAAGGCUCGCCUGCAGGGGAAAACAUGCCACUGCUAGAGGAUAUACAGAUGGGAGGGAUGGACGGCCCGGCCAUUGCGAAUCCUGUGGAGGGAAAGGCAGAGACAGAGACAAUGGCAGAGGGGAACGAGGAGCGGAGAGCGCAAGUGGAAACUGCUGCACCGGACUUCAAGCCAGCCCCGACACCAGCAAUUCCAGAGUCAGAAUCUGACUUCGCUGCCACCUUUGCCAAUAUUACGGCCAUGAAAUCGAAUCCAGAUGUCAUGGCGCAAAUGGUGGAGGCCCGGGCCUUCCUCCCAAAUCUCAUAGGAUUGCCUCAAAUGCCGGAGCCUUCACAAGACCUACAUUCGGCAGCGCAUGCCAGCAUACCUCAUGAUGGGCAGAUCGGUAUGCCAGAUAUGUUUGGCGCGAUGGCCCCCCUUCCGGCCACAAUGAUGUUUGGGAGUAGCCUCCAAGAACCUAUCUAUUUCAAUUCUCAAUAUGGUCAACAAGCCGAGGCAGAACAAAAGGUCCAAGGUUUUGCAAGAAUCGAUUUCGACGACGGAAAGUUCUACCUGAACUCAUAUCAACUCAUGAUUGGUAGAGACUUGCGACUGCAAAAGGUUCAAGCGAGGAGGUCAGCGGCAGCGGGGACAGGUCCAAUGCAGAUUUCAGCAACCAAGCCAAAGUCAGCAGCUUAUAGUGAAAGGGGAGGUUUCGUCCGAGGAUUUGACGAGGGUGAGUUUGAGGAAGAGCACGGUCGAAAGCGAAAGCGGAAAGCUCGAAGUUCCAAUGGGCCAAACAAGCGCGUGAAGAAGUCGAAAUCUUCAGGCUCUUCAUCACAGCAUCAAUCUAGAAGACCUUCCUUGGCUCCACCUGUGGAUCCCCCUCAAAAUCAAUACUUAGACAACGAGCUACCUGCGAAAGUUAAUAUCGAGGAACACCAGCCGUCGCCUCAUAAGAUGGUGACGCUAUACAUCCAUCCUCCUUACCCAGCGAGUGCUCAAGAUUGGAAAGCUAUUUCAAGACAGCAUCUAUUGAUCGCGUUCAAUUUUGACCAGAAUCUUUGGGAGGGGCGGGUCAUGGGACGGAAUGGUUGUUUUGUAGAGGAUGAACUCAAGCACCAAGGCGAAACCUUCCAACUCACGAAUGGCUGUCAUCUACAAAUCGGCGCAGUGGAACUUCUGUUCAGACUCCCAGAACACAUCCCAAUUGGUAAAACAGGAGCCGAAGAGGAAGAAACCUCUGGUGAAGAGGAUGCUGACCCCGCGGACGAUCUCCGCCAAUAUGAGGAUGAUGCCCGGCUGAGAUAUGUCGUGGCUGGUAAGGAGAUGAGUUUAGAUUUUCGAAAUCUGCGACGCCAGACUCUGGACCUGGGAGAUGAAAGUGACUCUGAUGAUUAUGGAGACCAGGGUGAUCAGGAGAGUCGAGCCAGUGAUGAGGAUGACGAUAUAGCCAUCGCCCAACCGCGACUGUUCGCCGAAGAACAAGAGUCAGAGUCAGAGGAAGAAAGGUUGGACGAAGAGGACAUGUUUGAUGAUCAAGAAAACGAGAACGAAGAUGACUUCGAUGAUCUGAUGUCCGAACAUAGACCUAUUCCUCAGCCGAGGACUCCAGAACCUAAGAAACGCGGAGUAGGUCGCCCACCAAAGGAUGGAAUAUCCAAGCGGCAGCAAAGAGAAGAAAAAGCUGCGCGACUGGCAAAGGAGGCCCUUCAGAAAGAAUCCAAGAAGACCGUCAAGAAGGACGAGAAAGUCGCCAAAGAAGUCAAAGGUGGGAAAGGUGGCAAAGAUGGCAAGGAGAACAAAGAAAAUAAAGAGGGCAAAACAGCUAAGAAGGGGAUCAAGACGGAGCCUGGUAGCCAACCAAACGCAGACCCUGUCAAUAAGACUGCUCCUGAAGGUGGUGAGAAGAGAAAAGUUGGUCGUCCGAGGAAGCAUCCUAGACCAGACACACCACCUGAGCCAAGGGAGAAACGGAAGUACACCAAGCGAAAGCCCAAGGAACCCAAAGAUGGGGAAACAAAAGCUGAUGGUGAGGGUGGUGAUGGUGAAAAAGACUCCAAGGAGCAGAAGCCUCCUAGAUCUCCCAGAUCACCAACACCAACUUACAAUGAAGCGGAGCUCACGGAAGAACAAAUGGCCAAGCCAUCAUGCAACUACGUCCAACUCAUCUAUGAGGCACUGUCGGAGUCAAAGCACAAGCAAAUGUCAUUACCACAGAUCUAUCGGGCCAUUCAGCGAAAGUAUCCGUAUUUCGUAUUGAAGGUAUCUACAGUUGGGUGGCAGAGCAGUGUCCGCCAUAAUUUGGGACAGAAUGAGGGUUUUGAAAAGGUCGAGCGUGAUGGUAAGGGAUGGAAAUGGGCCAUCAAAGAGGGCGCUACCUUCGAGAAGGAGAAGAAGAAGAAAGCGUCUCCACCGCCUCAAUACCCUCCUGGAAAUGUGCAAAUAUAUCCAGGUGUACCUCAUGGAUAUUCAAUGCAGGGUUAUCUUCCUCACGGAAUGAUGAUGCCGGGCCAAGGGUAUCACAUGCAACAUCCAAUGCCUACCAAUUAUGGGCCACCAGGUCAGCCGCAACCUUACAUGGCUAACAUGGGUCAUCAACCACACAUGAAUGGGCCCUACCAGCCAGGAUUUCCGCCUCCGAGGAGCAAUCAGCCUAUACUGACUAUUCCUUCUGCAUUGGCGCCUCAAGCGCCCACCUCUUACAGUUCUCCUUACGGUCCCAAACCGGCUGCUUCGACUGCACCUUCAACAACUCAACCAAGUGCACCCACAAAUCAGACUGGUUCUUCCGCUAGCCAGCCUGGUCCUCCGACAAGUCAACAAAACGCCCAAAUGAGUCAAACGGAGACACAAACAGGCCAAUCAAGUAUACAGACAAAUCAAGGGACUCGAUCAACAACUGAACUUGGCCAAUCUGAGGGCGAAGCGAAUCAACAAGGACAAUCGACGAAACCACCCACUCCUCCAGGUCAAUCAGCACCCUCGGCUGGCCAGACACAGACAGGCCCUCCGAAUGUUCAACCUGUGACGAACCAACAUACUCAAGGAGCAAGCUCGCCUAGUAUGCUCGCACCUCAAGUUGGAUAUGAGCAUUCACAGCAACCUCGCUAUCCUCACUAUCCCCCGUCACAGCACUUCUCUCAAUCCUUUACCUCGCAUCAGUCGCAGCAACCGCAAGUUCAGCAUAGACAAGCACAGCCAAGCUCGCAAUCGUUCCACUCGCAGCCUCAGCAGCCAGCGCAGCAGCCGGCACCACCCCAGACACAGCCUCAGGAUGUACAGCAAACAAGCUCAAGCACUCCCCAACCUGUGCAUAAUGAGAAAUACCUGUCAGCCGUUGAGUCGUUCAGAACGGUCCUAACUACACAAAUGCUUCGAAAACCUAACGGUAGGGAAGCAGUAGAUCGUGCCGUCAGUAAGGUUCUUGGACACACAAGCGACGAUACCCCGGGGUCUCGUGACGAGGCUCAGAUUGUGGAGGUCUUGCGGGACAUGCUCAAGAAGAUUGGACUUCUUCCACACGCUGGUGCGUCAAGCACACAGAGCGACCAGAGAUCACCUCCGCCCACAAUUCAAGCCCGGAAUUCUUCAUUCCAACUAGCGAAUCACACCGGAACACAAGAAGACGCAGCUCAACCUCAACCGCCUGCUAAUUCAACUGUGCCCAGAAGGCCAAGCGCUACGGUCACGAGGCCAGCUUUCACACAGAAUCAGAACCGUCCGAGUGGCCCUCAUGUGCCCAGACCGCCAAUAAACAAUCUGGGAAGAUUCAACUCGACUAGUUCCAAUGCAUCAAUGCGGCAGCGAGCUUCUUUGGGCUCGCCAGUCCCUCCCGCAAACCUCGCGAAUGAGACUUUAUCUCCUGGACCACUAUCCAACGGGCCCUCCUCGAAUGCGGCCAGCACGCUGAUGCCUCCCAGUGAAAUCGGCGAGCUUGACGAAUCGAAGAAGGAGGCUAUAGACGAGCCGGUGCAGGUGAAGACUGAGCAAGUACCUGAGCCUUCACCACCUAGCUCACAGACCGCAGAAACAAGAUCAUAGGUUGGGACAUGUUUUGAGGAAUGAAGUCACGAAAUCAUGAAUAUGGAGUUUUGGUUGGGUACGGAUAGGCACCGGAAUGUAUGCAUUUCAGGGAGGCUUUUUGGUUGGCGUCAAAAUAGAGAUAGGAUGGGUUAGGAUGGCAUUAUCGACUACAAUGCUUGCAUUUGUUUAACAAUGGCGUUACAUAUCCCAUGGUGCAAUGCUCUCAGGGACUUCGGCAGGCGGGGCACAUCUGGUAUCUGAUAGGACCUUGCUGACGCCAAUCUGUAAUUAUGGAUAAGCACAGAGUAGUUUACUAGCCAGUCUCGGUCGCUAGGAAUACAUGUUCUCAAAACAA